AUGGUGGACGGCCCGCUGCAGCACGCGGACUGGCGGCGGCCGCUCUGGGGCUGCCUGCAGCUCACAGUCAUGGCCCUGGGCUUCGGCUCCAUCUUGCUGAAUGCUUUGCUGCUGACGCGCUACAUGUUUCCUGCUGCAGUUCCUGCUGCUGAGGACUUGGCUUACGUGGGCGCUGUGGGCGCUGCGCUGCAGCAGAAGGCGGCGCCGCUCCCCGCCGCCCUGCAGCUGGACGCCGCCCGCAGCAGCAGCAGCGACAGCAGCAGCAGCAGCAGCAGCAGCAGCAGCAGCAGCAGCAGCAGCGGCGGCCUUGACCCCGAAAGGAUGCACGGGCCCCUCGGGCUCAAACCCGACGGCACUCCCAAUUACGUUCCAGGGCCCCCUCCUCCUCCAGACCUGAACAUGGCAGCAGAGUUGGCUCGGGGCGGCGGAUUUAAUUUGCUGCUGAGCGACCACCUGCCGCUGGACCGGCCGGUGCCGGAGUCUCGUGCUGCAGCUUGUGCUGCAGUUGAAUAUGACUUGGCGAGUUUGCCAGCAGCAUCCGUUUUAAUAAUAUUUCAUAACGAGGCUUUGUCCACUUUGCUGCGGUCCGUGCACAGCGUGCUGAACCGGACUCCGCCGCAGCUGCUGCAGCAGCUGCUGCUGCUGGACGACGGCAGCACAGCAGCAGACGUGGCUGCUGCAGCGCGCGGCGGCAACGGGAAGCUGCAGCAGCACUUGCUGCUGCUGCCGCCGAAGGUGCAGCUGCUGCGGAGUCCGCAGCGGGAAGGCAUCGUUGCUGCGCGGCUGCGGGCCAUUCGUGCUGCUGCUGCUGCUUACUUCGUGGUGCUGGACAGCCACGUGGAGGUGCAGCAGCAGUGGCUCGAGCCGCUGCUGCUGCGGCUGCUGCAGCGCAGCAGCAGCCUCGUAAUGCCCCAAGUAGAUGGAAUUGACGCGGAGACCUUCGAGCACAUCACUGGCGGCAUUGGCUGCCACUUGGGCUUCCUUUGGCAGCUCAUGGAGCACUCCUUCGAGCCCCACCAGCUGCUGCAGCGGCAGCAGCGCCUGCUGCAGCAGCAGCAGCAGCAGCAGCAGCAGCAGCAGGACAACUACCACCCCCAGAACCACCGUUCGAAGCAGCAUCCGCAGGAGAAUGAACUGGUAUUAUACCAGUCCUCCCCCGCGAUGUCCGGGGGUUUAUUUGCAGCUUCAAAGAAGUUCUUUUUCGAGAUUGGAGCUUACGACGAAGGCUUCAAGUUCUGGGGCGCGGAGAACCUGGAACUCAGCUUCCGCGCCUGGCAGUGCGGCGGCCGCGUCGAGUGCGCCGCCUGCAGCCGCGUCUUCCACGUCUUCAGAAAAGGAGGAACUCCUUACAGCUUUCCGACUUCUUCUUUAAUUGCAAAUAAACUCCGGACUUUAAUUUGGAUGGACAGAUUUGCAGAUUUGGCCUGGCGGGUUUUGGGGAGGCCAGCGGGGGUGGAUUAUGGGGAGGGGUCGCUGCGGGAGAGGCGGAGGAUGAGGAGGGAGAUGGGGUGUAAAGGCUUUCAGUGGUUUCUUGAAAAUGUUUUUCCGGAGUCCGAUGUUGUCCACCUCGAAGAUGUUCCUUUCCUGGGAAAACUCAAAAAUGAAGACUCCGGGCUUUGCCUCGAAGCCACUGGGAGGCCCUCGCCGGGCAGCCGGGCGGUUUUGCGGAGCUGCCAAGAGGACCUCCAAGUCCAGGAGUUUAUGUAUUUCAAAAAAGUCGGACAUGUAAUGCCAGUUCUCAAUGACGAGGCUUGCCUCACGCCCAGCGGCGGCUUAGACUGGUGCAGAGUGAAUGAUCUAAUGUGGUGGGACUUCGAGGACGGAAAGCUGCGGAACAGAGCUGUGGGGAAAUGCCUGGCGGUGAAGAACGGGCAGUUGGGCAUGGCGGAGUGCGGCAGCAGCGACUCGCACCAG